AUGAGGAAUAAUUUAAAUAAUUUGAGUGGCGUGUUUUCUCCGUCCCAAGAUUUGGAACGAAUGCUUGCCUCUCCAACAACAAGUUCCUUCACAACAAGAAGACAAAACAUUCAAACUCCAUCCUUUAUGGUGUCUCCAAUAGUCUCAAGAGGAGGAUUAUUCUCACCUCUUCCUUCUUUAGGUGAUGACGAAACUCUGUCUGCAACCAACAGGACAGAAAUAUUUUCAAAAGAUGAUGACGAUAAAUCGAGUGUGAGAGUGGUAGUAAGAGUUAGACCACUCUUUGACAAUGAAACACAAAAUUGCAUCCAAGUAGAUCCAGCAACAAAAAGAUCACUUCAAGUUAUUAGCAAUAAUCCAAAAGAGAAACCAAAAACCUUUACUUUCGACCACGUAGCAAGCCCAACAACAACACAAAAAGAUAUGUUCGAGUUUUGUGGCAAACCAAUAGUGGAUAGUUAUCUAGCUGGAUAUAACGGUACAAUCUUUUGUUAUGGGCAAACAGGAAGUGGUAAAACUUUUACUAUGGGAACGUCACACAAUGACGACGUAAUGGAAGAUGACUUGUUGUCAUCAAUGCACAAUUUACACUUGCCUUCAUCUGCAGGUUUAAUACCAAGAGUUCUAUCAUACAUAUUUUCAGAAAUUGAAAAGAAAAGACAACAAAAAGAAAUCAAGUUUAUUGUCAGUUGCUCAUUUCUGGAAAUUUACAACGAAAGAAUUACAGAUUUAUUGGAUUCAACACCUAAAUUACCUCUUUUUAAUGGUGGUACUGUAUCCAAGAGUUUAAAUUUAAGAGAGGAUAUCAAAUCUGGAGUUUAUGUUGAACAAUUAAUUCAUGAGGAUAUUGCAACACCAGUUGAAGCUUUAGCCAUUUUGAAGAAGGGUCUAUCAAAUAGACAUGUUGGCUCAACAUCUAUGAAUAAUCAAUCAUCACGUUCUCAUUCUGUUUUUACCAUCUAUAUGAAAUCACAAGAAACAUCAGAGGGAGGAACAAAAACGCGUACAUCUAGGCUUAAUCUUAUCGAUCUUGCUGGUUCGGAAAGACAAUCAACAUCUAAUACCGAAGGAGACAGAUUGAAAGAAGCUUGUUCUAUCAAUAAGUCUCUUUCUACUCUAGGAAAAGUUAUCAAGGAUCUAGUUGACGUUGCUAAUGGUAUUUCUAGGCAUGUACAAUACAGAGAUAGCAAAUUAACAUUCUUACUUAAGGAUUCUCUUGGAGGGAAUUCUAAGACUUGUGUUAUUGCGAACAUUAGUCCUGCCAUUAAUUCAUUAUCAGAAUCCUUGUCAACUCUUACAUUUGCUCAAAGAGCUAAACGAAUUAAGAAUGAAGCUAAAAUCAAUGAAGAGACAUCUGGAAGUAUUACAUUUUUGCAAGAACAAAUUAAACUCCUGAGGAAACAGUUAUUGGAGGCAAACAAACGAGUUUCAGAAGUUCCACAAACUCCUACUCCACAACUUUCUAUGGAUGAAAAUGAAAAGGAACAAUAUAUUAUAGCAUUACAACAACAACAUGUAUAUCUCUCUGCUCAGACAGAUGAACACGAGGAGAAGAAUUCCAUUCUUACUCAUCGUGUUGAAGAGCUCAAGAAGGUUGCAUCCUCAAAGGAUCGCUUAUUAACAUCAACUAGAUUUUUGCUAAGAUUGCGAGAGGCAAAGAUCGCUAGACUCACUGGAAAAUCAGUGAAAAAUCCAAAACAAGAUUUUGUCUCUGGUUUAGAUUUUGACUUUGAUAGACCACAAUCACCACAAAAGUUUUCCAAAUUCAAUUUUGAAAAUUUCACACUUGAUAAUGAAGAACAAUUCCUCUCUAUAGCCGACAGUGCCCUCCAAAAGGCCCUCUCACCUGAACAACAUCCAGAUGUUAUUCAGCUCAAGAUUGAAAAUAUGGAACUGAAAGAUCAACUUAAUUCAUAUGAAUCCCAAUUUUCCAAGCAAUUUGGAGCUAACAAGGAGUUGUUUAAGGAAUUACAUUCCUACAUUCAAAGUUUAGAGCUUUCAAUCAGACAUUUAACUGGCGAAAAGGAACAACUUGCCAACAAAAUUCAAGACAUGGAAAAGAGCCACAGAAGAAACUCUUCAAUACUCCAAGAACAAGUAGCAAUCAGUGAAAAUCAAACACUGUUAGGAGAAAUAACAAGGUUAGAACAAAUGUAUGAGGAAUCCUUGGAAACUAUUGCCUCACUUAAGAAGGAUAUAACACAAAGCCAAGAAAAGGAGCAAAUGGCAUGGAGCGAGCUUGAGAGCAUCAAGCAACUUUUAGAACAAGUAGCAUCUGAUAAGGAGAAUAUGCUUUCAGAAAAUAUCAAAUUAAAAGAGGAGAGGACUCAAAUUGAAGCAAUGUUGGAAGGUUUGGAAAACCAACAAAUGGUCCAAAAAGGUCAAGAAGAAACUAUUAGAAUGUUGGAGGAAAUGAGAGAACGUGAGGAAAUGGCCAAACACGAGGCAGAGUCUAAAUUAAUACUCGCACACCAAGAGAUUGAAGCUCUCAAACAACAGUUAGAAAGCACAGAACAGCUAUUUGGAGAAUCUAUGCAGGAGAAUGAACAAUCCAAUGAGGAAAUAUCCAAACUGAAAGUAGUAAUAGAAACUCUUAAUACCAGUAUUGAUACUUUGUCUUUCAGAGAGCAAGAGUUACUUCUAUCUAUAUCUGAAAGAGAUGCCAGCAUUGAAUCUUUAAAGUCUCAACUUGAAGAAGUCAAAUCUAAAGAAUCAAUGUUUGCUGAACAAACUCAACAAAAGGAAACUGUUCUAUCCUCUCAAUUAGAACAGGAAGUGGCAACCAAGUGUAUGCUUAUGUCUGCACUUGAUGAGAAGGAGAAGGCUUUGAUGAGCUCCUUUGAACAAAUCAAACACUAUGGUGAAGCCAAUGAUAAGCUAAAGGAUUCUAUUCAAGUAUCUGAAAGAGACUUGGCAGAAAUGAAAGAUAAAUACCAAAGUACAAUCGACGAACUUGAACAGCUCAACACAAUUCACAAAGAAUUCCUUGAAAGCGAGGAUAAAUCUAGAAGAGAAAGCGAAGAACAAAUCAAUUCUCUUCAAGAAUUGAUUGAGGCAUUGAAAUUCGAACUUGGCGAAAAUAUGGAAGCAAACAAGAUUCUCAAUGAAGAAUUGGAACAAUCCAAAUCACAGUUCACCGACCAAAUUUCUGAACUGACCUUGGCUCUUGAGAAACAAGUUCAACUUGUCAACAAUAUUUCCUCUGAAAAAGAUAUCACACUGAGAGAAUUGAAUGAAAAACUUCACAAUGAAAAUAUAAUCCUGAAAAUGAAGGAAGCAGAAUUAUCAAAGCUAACCUCCGAAAUUGAGACCCUUAAGAUUAACUUCUCUGAAUCAGAGCAAAAUUAUGAAAGUAUUACACAACUUGCUGAAGAAAGUAUUGUCAAGUUACAAGAUCGUGAAAAUCAACUUGUAGAAGAAAUUCAAACCAUGAACGGUAAAAUCACUACCUACAUUGAAGAAAAUGAAAAACUAAAGGAAUGUGCUCGAGUAUCGGAAAGGGAAUUGAUUGAAAUGACUGAAAAAUAUCAAAGUGCCCUCAAUACUCUCCAAACCAUCAAAUCAACCCAUGAAGAUGCUAUCAACAACCUUAAACAAUGCUUAGCUCUGGAACAAGAACGAAAUGAUGACCUUUUACAACACUUGAGCUCUAUGGGUAAUACCUCCGAGGAAGAAAAGAAACAACUAUUGGAAAACGAAGAACAGUUAAGAAGAGAAAGAGAGGAACAAAUCAAUUCUCUUCAAGAAUUGAUUGAGGCAUUGAAAUUCGAACUUGGCGAAAAUAUGGAAGCAAACAAGAUUCUCAAUGAAGAAUUGGAACAAUCCAAAUCACAAUUCACCGAUCAAAUUUCUGAACUGACCUUGGCUCUUGAGAAACAAGUUCAACUUGUCAACAAUAUUUCCUCUGAAAAGGACUCCAUGUUCAGAGAAUUGAACGAUAAAUUAAUCAAUGAAAAUAUUGAACUCAAAUUGAAGGAAACAGAAAUCUCUAAUUUGACCUCUGAACUUGAAAGUUUCAAGCGCAAGUAUUCUGAGGUACAACAACACAAUGAAAGCAUUACACAACUCGCUGAAGAGAGCAUUGAAAAGUUGCAAGAACGUGAACAGGAAGUGCAAAAACUCGAAGAACAAGUGUCUAACCUCGAGACUGAGCUCGAUAGCAAAGGCCAAGAGUUGAACAAUAGCAAUCAAAAACUCAAUUCAACUCUAAGACAAUUAGAAGCUUUGAAAACCUCAAGUGAUGGUGCUUCCAAUGAGAAUAUCAAGCUGUUGAGCACAAUUGAAUCUCUAGAAGAUCAAAUCAAAUCCAAGCAAAAUGAAAUUGAACAACAAUUGGAAUCUAUUCGUUCAUUGCAAUCAGGAGAAGAAUUCACCAGAUUGACUGAAAAAUUAAACACUGUAGAAAAGAAGUGUGAAAGUCUGGUCAAAACUCUUCAAACUGAAAGAGAAACCCUCUUGAGAAAAGAGUCUGACCUUAACGAUUUGAGAAAUAACUAUGAUGAGAGCAAAGAACAAUUAUCUACCCUCGAAAAACGAAGCCUCUCACAACAAAUGAUUCACGAAGAGACAUUGAAAAAGUUGAAAGAAAAAUACAAAUCGGAAAAGAACCAAUUAGAGGCUUCAUUGGAAAGCUUGAGACAAAAGUAUGCAGAUAGUGUCACUGAAGUUAAUAGUCUAAAGGAAGAGCUUGAAUCAUUAAGAAAAGAUCAUGAAAAGAUAAUUGGACACAACAAUCACAAGCAAAAGAUUCAAUAUCAAUUAAAGAUUAAGAGAGAAAAUGAUGAAUUGAGGGAUGAAUUACAAAGAGCUCAAAAAGAACUUUCUGAUAUGAAACGACAAUUUAAUCCUCCACCAAGACCAGCUCUGUUUGGAAAUACCAAUUUUGAGAAGAAUCACUCACCAACAGAAGUACCUCUCAGAGACAGAACCUCAUUCUACAUUAAACGAGGACCAACAACAAGUGAAUCAGCUUCACUUCCAACUCCACUCAAUCUCAACCAAUCGGCCCUCACCAAAGAUAGACCAAUUAUGGGAAGAUCCAAGAUGUUAGUUUCCAAUAUUACAACAAGAAACUUUUCUCCAGUAGAUAAGGAAAAUGUUGAAGAACUGAAAACACCUCAAACUGCUUCUUUGAAUACAUCGUCAUUGUUUGGAGGAAACAGAAAGAGAAGGAAUAUUGGUGAUUCCAAUCCAAACGAAACUUCAGCAUUAUUUGAUGCUGAUGUAACAGAAUCUUCAACUAAGAAGGUCAAGCCAACAGAAGUUGACGAAAAACCAAAAUUUAGAUAAAUUUUCUACUUAUUG